AUGGCGUCCCCAACUUGCACCAUUGAGGAAUUUACACGCACCACAUUCGACUAUGUGGUCUGCGGUGGUGGAACUGCUGGCCUUACUGUGGCAUCACGCCUCAGUGAGGACCCUAAUGUGACCGUCGGUGUCAUUGAGGCAGGAAAGUAUCGCAUCGGGGAUCCAUUGGUUGACACCCCGGCGGCAUCUUCGCAUAUGAUGGGCAAUCCCGACUACGACUGGUGUAUGUAUACGGCACCGCAGAAAGGCAAUCAUGACCGAAAGCACCAGAUCACGCGAGGAAAGCUUCUCGGUGGAUCCAGCGGCAUCAACUAUAUGAUAUACGUGCGGCCAUCGCUUCAGGAUUUCGACGAUUGGGCAGCAUUGGUGGAGGAUGAUGGAUGGUCUGCCAAGAAUAUGCAGCAUUAUAUGAAGAAGCAUCAGGUACGAUCCAAGUACACUGAAUUUCUAAUCUCAUUCGCUGUCGUGUUGGAUGAAAUCUUACGGAAUCAACAGACACUCGAACCAGUCAAUUCCAUAAUUGAUCGCUCUACGAUGCCAUUGGUAGAUGAGUUCCAUGGCACAAGCGGGCCCAUACGCACUGGAUUCAACGAUUCAGUUUUGUCCAUUGAAAAUGAUAUCAUCAAAGCCUGUGAAGAGGUAACUGGGAUCCCGACCAAGCCCACUGAUCCGUGGAAUGGCGAUCACAUCGGCUUCUACCACACUCUCGGCUCUGUGACUCGAACUGGACCAAACAAGGGAAAACGUAGCUACGCUGCACGCGGAUACUAUGAGGACAACCGCGCAACUCGCCCCAAUCUCAAAGUGCUUUGCGAGGCCCUUGUCAACAGGGUAGUGCUAGACGGCACAAAAGCCACCGGUGCAAUUCUCACUCACAAUGGAGUCGAGUACCAGGUCUCGGCACGGCGCGAGGUCAUCGUCAGCGGUGGUACGAUAAAGACCCCGCAGAUAUUGGAGCUAUCAGGAAUCGGGAAUCCGGAGAUUUUGAAAGCCGCCGGCGUCGAAUGCAAAGUCGCCAAUAAUGGCGUCGGCGCAAAUGUCCAAGACCACAUAAUCACUCUCGCAGUGGUGGAAGUAAAGCCACACGUAAUCACCGCAAAUACGCUUCUGCAAGUGCCCGAGGCAAUGCAAGCUGCCGGCAAGCAGUAUGCUGAGACCGGUGAAGGCCCACUCAGCUCCAUCUUUAAUAUGCAAGGCUUCUUCCCAGCGAAGAAGAUCCUCUUGGAAGAUGAGCUGGCAGAUGUGAUCCAGAGCAUUCGAGAUGUCAAGCCGACCAGCGCAUUCCACGAGAAACAACUCGCCCAGGUCAUUGCGCAUCUGCAAAGUGACCACUCGGCCAACCUGCAGCUAAUUACGGUUCCCUCUAACAUGGAUACGAAGACGAUGAUAGACGGUGACAAGAUGAAUCCAGCCGCUCCACCCGAUCCAACCAAACCGGGUGGUGUGACCUUCACACUUGGUCUGCAGUACCCUGCAGCCAGAGGGUCUAUCCACAUCGAGAGCGCAGACCCAAACCAGACCCCCAUUAUCCAGCCAAAUUACGGCGCACACCCCGCCGACGUGACUCUCCUUGCCGCGUGCCUCCGUUGGAUCGACCAAGUCGCGGAAUCAAAGCACCUGAAGCCAUCAAUCCUCCGGCGUGCGUGUCCAGAGCCCAGUAUCGACCUACAGGAUAUGGAUGCGAACCGAAAAUCAGUGGAAGACCUGGUUGCGGGUGUGUACCAUAUCAACGGGUCUGUCGCUAUGGGUGACGCUGUAGAUAGUAGAUUGCGGGUCAAGGGCGUCGAAGGACUGCGUGUUGUGGAUGCGUCGGUAUUCCCGAACAAUGUUUCUGGCAAUAUUGUCAGCAGUGUAUACGCUGUUGCGGAGAAGGCGGCCGAUAUGAUUCGUGAGGAUUCAGCUCUUUAG